CGAAUGCAAUCUGUCAGAUCAGCGGAGCGUGCAUUACCCUAAUACCUUGAUAUAUUUGAUAGUAUUUCUUCCCCUAGACAUCGCUGGAGGCUUAAAUCCAGUUUCAGGUGCCAGCAGAUUUGGAUUCUAACUUAUCGACGUCUGUAGCCAAAGGAAACAGCAAAGAAUGACGACCAGUACAAAGCGGAAAGAAGAAAGUCAUCUGCUGAAUGGGGGUGUAAAACAGUCCACAUGGAGCAAAGCCUUCAACAGUAAUGCUGUUUGGGAAGAGAAGGACGAGUUUUUAGAUGUGAUUUACUGGCUUCGGCAAAUUAUUGCAGUAAUCCUUGGUGUGAUAUGGGGUGUUGCACCGUUGAAAGGAUUUCUGGGAAUAGCUAUAUUCUGCAUCAUCAACGCUGGCGUCCUGUAUGUAUACUUCAGCAGCUUUCAGCAGAUUGAUGAGGAAGAGUAUGGUGGCACGUGGGAGCUCACCAAAGAAGGCUUCAUGACAUCUUUUGCUCUGUUUCUGGUGGUGUGGAUAAUCUUUUACACAGCACUACAUUUUGACUGAGAAGAAUCCAUUGGACACUAAAUACAAACAUUUCUGUUGAAGUAUAUUGUCAAGACAGAGGAACUCCACGGUUUGAGGGGUGUCAACACUCCUACACACAGUAUGACUUUUCAGUGUGCAGUGCAUCAUGGGAAUCCUAGUUCGAUUAAUGAGAUCCUGAAAGAGCACCGUGAUCAACAUGUUCAAAUACUGUACAUCUCUCCAAUUUGUGGGUUAAUUUGAAGGCACCUAUUAUUACACUUCCCAUAUGUUAUAUUUCGUUCCUCAGGUCAUUGUCAUCAUUUCUGACAAAACACUAAAGAAUACAAAAAGCAGAUAGUUCAGCUGAGAUCAUUUGAUUUCACCUUGAUGUAAAUCAGAGUAAGGAUUUUUUCAUCUUUGUUGAUUUACAUCAGGCCUUUCUUCUCUUUUAGAAGAGUGACACAAAUGUAGAUUUCAGACUAUGAUGGUAGUAACCAGUAUGUGUAUUCAUUCUUACUGCUCAUGAGGUUAAAGGGUAGUUCCAGAAUUUUUAAACCUGCACCCUAUUUUUAGAUAUUUUGGGAUCUAAAUGACAAGUAGUUACAAGAAGUUUUGGAAUUGGUUCAGUGGAUCUCCUCAGCCAGCAGCCACGAAACAGGCUUCAAUGGCUGCAACACCAUCCUUCGAGACAAAUUUGUCUGUCAGAGUACAUCAUUUAAAAGUGCUUGUUUUUGCUGCUGACAGGCCCAGAUUUCUUACUCUAAGUGUCAUAAUGGAAAGGAUUCUUAUGGAGGUGGAUCUUUUCAUACAGUGCUUUCCAAGGGGCAACUGAACCGUUACUGCCCUCUUCAAAGCUGUCAGACUCCUUUGACAUAAACAGUAAUUUUACCUCACAGGACACGGGAGUUGCUGUUUUACCGUAGCCUCGAUUGUUUUGUUUGUUUGUGUUAUUGUGCGACUUUGGUGUUUUGGUGUUAGUCCAGAUGUCAUUGCACCCUGUUUCGUGGCUGCCAGCUGAGAUGGCGGCACCAGUUCCAAAACCUUUUGUAUGUGUAGUCAUUUAGACCUCAAAGUACGGGAUGUAAAAAUAGGGCUAAGGUUUAAAAAAUACUGGAAUUACCCUUUAUGUAACAGAACCUGGAAAAUAAAAAGUCUUACCAUAUAGUCAUUAGGAUUCAAUCAGUCCAUGAGUGUAAAAUGUUACUGUUAAUUUAAGGACAAAAUGCGCCAUGUUGAAUGUGUAAAACUACUUGUAAAUGAUUCAUUCUCUGGCUUCACUGUUAAAUCACCCCUCUGAAAUUUCACUCCAAAAUUACAUGUUUACCUUUUAAAAAAACAUUAUCUGGGCCAGGCAAAAUGAUUAGUUAAAAAGUGUCAUGGCAGCACAGCACAUUAUAGGUUACUGUUAAGGUUGCCAGCUACAGUAUGUGUCUGUGGAGUCAUGUUUUCAUGAACUCCUGAUUCAGAGCUUCAUGUUUCAAGCUUUUUUUUUUCUCACUUGAUACAAACAUAGCAUUUUUGAAUAAAGUCUGUCAAUUGAUACUUCUUCUAAAAGGUCUGGUGUUCAACAAAUGGGAAAAAAUCGCCCUCAUAUUGAUUUUAACAUCAAAAACAAAUGCUGGUGGUAAGAUGCAUAUCGGCUGAUCCCCAGUCCUGAUGCCGGUUUCUGCCAAUAGUAGUAGGACCUAAUAACCAUUCAUAUUAUUUCCUUAAAGCAAAGAGGGAGGAAACAUGCAUGCAUGCCAUUUUCAGAUGCAAAUGUUCACAGAUUUAAGAUAAAACUGGUCUGUGCACUGCCAUGACUUGCUGUUCAUAUAUAUCUAGAUGUCAUUUCUUAAUGGCAUUAGUUAGGAGGGUAGAAAUAAUUAAUUUCUUUUCUCACAUGUAGCUUCCAGAUCAAAGUCUUGCCUGUUGUUUUUGAAAUUAAUUUAAACUUGUCUGUAAAUUCUGUACAAUGUCCCUUAUGUCAAAUCCACCUUGUAUUACACUGAUUUAUUUGUUCUUAUGUUAUAUCUUGUUUGAUGUAACAUAUUUCUCAGUAUUUUAUAGUGAAGAACUUUUCUUGCAAAGUUCUUGUAACAAUACUGUUAUAUUAGAUAUGCAGCUGGUGUUUGAGAGGAUUGUAUUUUCUGAUCAAAUCUUUUGGGAAUCAUUAAACAUGGGCUUUAUUUGGCCUCCAUU